CAAGUGUCAAUAGCAGAUAAGCCUCUUCAUAUCCCUUACUCAAUUGCAUUCAGUCAUUUGCAUUAUUUGUGCCAACAGGAUGAGUGCGAAUUUAAAGGGUGCCGUGUGUUUGGUAACCGGGGCUUCCCGAGGAAUUGGGCGUGGUAUCGCCCUCCAAUUGGGCGAGGCUGGGGGUAUCGUAUAUGUGACUGGCCGGAACAAGGUUGAUCUCGAUAAAUGCUGCUCGGAAAUCAAAUCCCGAGGAGGUCAAGGGCAGGCUGUGGUCAUGGAUCACGGCAAAGAUGCUGAUGUCGAGAAGCUCUUCGAGCGAAUAAAGAAAGAGCAGAACGGAAAGUUGGAUAUCUUAGUCAAUAAUGCUUAUGCAGGUGUGAACACCAUCUUUUCUAAUAUGGGCAAGCCUUUUUGGGAAACCCCCACACCCGAAGUCUGGGAUAUGAUCAAUGGAGUGGGUCUACGAGGGCAUUACAUUUGCACUGUUUACGCCGCAAGGUUGAUGGUUCCACGUAAGUCUGGACUCAUUGUGAACGUAUCCUCUGGGGGCGGGUUAAGAUAUCUGUUUAAUGUGGCCUACGGCGUGGGCAAAGCGGGUUGUGAUCGGAUGGCGGCAGAUUGCGCUCAAGAGCUGAAAAAAUCGAAUGUGGCUAUGAUUUCUCUUUGGCCUGGUCCAGUCAAGACCGAAAUGAUCGAGAAGCAUGUCUUAGACAAGGCUGAUUCUGAUAAACGCUCCAAGGCAUCCUUUGAGAAUGGCGAGUCCGUCGAGUUUUCCGGCAAAGCCGUGGCCCACCUUGGUGCCGACCAGAACAUCAUGGCAAAAUCUGGACGCAUUCUGAUGUCGGCCGACUUAGCCCGUGAAUAUGGCUUUGUUGACAAUGAUGGUCAAAUUCAUGGAGACAUGAGGGAGAUUAGAACGCAUUUGGCUAGUGCUGGUUGGACCACUUUGGCCAGUCUAACGCCUUCAUUCAUUCGAGUUCCACAUUGGCUCGUAUACUAUGCCGGAUACAAGUUUUAAACACCAAAAGCGCCAUCACUUGUUCUUGUUGACCUGCAAGUAAUAAAUACAACGAUGAA